CGGGCCGAUAUCUUUCAAACGCCUUUUAUUUUUAUUGUUCUGUAUAUUAUGAGGGGGGUGUGAAUAGCUUGCAUGUCAAGGACAGACAAACCCUAAUUUUUCUUUUGUUAGAUAUAGAUCCUUCUUCCUUUUCAUUGAUACAGUAGCCCUUUCGCGUGGGGGCUGACGUAACCGGAAGUAGAAAUGAUAGAUGGGAUGCCAAACUGUAAACAAAGAUUUACAAGCAUUUUCAAGUUGAAGAUAAAAAAAUUGUUUCUCUGAGCAAUUUUUAAAAAGUUCUAACUCUUCAAAAUGAGCAAGAGAAAGGCCCCGACUACAGACAAUCCCAAUGCUGAUUUUUGUGAUUUUUUGAUGGAAUUGGCCAACUAUGAGAAGAAUGUGAAUCGUCAGAUGCAUAAAUACAAUGUUUAUCGUAAAGCAGCCGGUUUACUCAAUAAACAUCCAACACGGAUUAAAUCUGGUGAUGAAGCCAAGAAACUAGACGGUAUUGGUAAACAAAUUGGGAAGAAAAUUGAUGAAUUUAUUGCAACCGGAAGUUUAGCAAAAUUAGACAAGAUUCGAGCGAGUGAUACCAAUGUAGCGAUAACAGAACUCACCAAAGUAACAGGCAUUGGACCUGCUGCAGCUCAGAAAUUUGUUCAAGAUGGAAUCAUGAGUAUAGAAGAUUUACGUAAAAACGUUGAUAAACUGAACCAUCAUCAACAGAUUGGUGUAAAAUAUUUUGAAGAUUUUGAGAAAAGAAUUCCGAGAGAGGAAAUGGAGAAAUUAAAGGAAAUAGUAUUUGGUGUUAUAAAGAAAUUAGAUGAUGAAUACACAGCGGAUGUUUGCGGUAGUUUUAGAAGAGGUGCUACCUCUAGUGGUGAUAUAGAUAUUUUGUUGACUCAUCCUAGUUUUAACUCAACAGAUAAAAAACAGCCUGAAUUAUUAAAGAAUGUUGUCUUAAAACUAGAAAAAAUUGAUUUUAUAACAGAUCGUCUUUCACUGGGUGAUUCCAAAUUCAUGGGAGUUUGUGCUUUACCUGAAUCUGAUGAAGAAACAAAACGUGUGUUUAGAAGAAUUGAUAUUCGUUUAAUUCCACACGAUCAGUUUUAUCCUGCUCUCCUGUAUUUUACUGGUUCCGAUAUAUUUAAUAAAAAUAUGCGUGCUCACGCUCUGGAACAAGGCUUUACACUCAAUGAAUACAGUAUACGACCUGUUGGUAGUACAGGUACACCAGGUGAACCAUUACCUGUAUCAAGUGAAGAAGAUAUAUUCGACUAUAUAGACUACAAGUUCAAGAAACCCAGUGAACGCAAUGAAUAAAUCAUUCUAUCAAUCUUGAUAACUUUAAAUCAGUCAUAAUUUAUGAAAACAUAAUGUCACUUACCAUAUAAAUGUCCAUUUAUAAUAAAGAUGCAUUAUACAAAAACUAAAUUAUUUGUAUGCCCGUCUUUAGUAGUUCGGUUGGUGCUUUUACCACCAUUUCAUUUCAUUUCAUUUCAUAUAAAUUAAUGGCUAAUCUAUUCAAAUAUUAAACAUACAUUAUGCAAGAGGUAAAUCUGCCUAUUGCAGGUCUUUCUUUAGGCCUGAAACGUUAUCUAUAUUAUUAAUUAGACAUUGCGAUAUUUACUGGAUUUGAAUCAUGAUGUAACGUCAAAAUGGAUAAUCAAGACUUUGUUUUUUAUCAUUCCGACUUUAGUAAUGAUGAUCAAGACUAGGCCCAAAGUUCAAUCGCUAAAUUCUCGGUUCAGAGUGGAUCAAUUUGACUGAAAUUUUCAGUAAAUUCCCAUUACAUUAUCUACUUUUUAACUAUUAUAGUGAGAACUGCUAGCUCUUUAUCUAAUCUUCCAUAAUGUAUCUUUAAUACCUCAACAGAAAUGAACUAAUGAUUUUCUAUUCUAUCAACAUUUAUGUGUUUCUAUAUUUUUUAUUACAUGUAAUAUUAUUUUCUUUGAUUUUUUUUUUUUAAAACUGAUUUUUUUAAUGUUACAUAUUUUGUAGACCAGAUAAUGUUGUUUUAUGUAGUAGACACAAUUGUAAAUAAAUGUUUUUGUAUGAUUUGUAACAGAAUGCAGAAU